GCUCAGCUAACAAGAUAAAAAGCAGGUUUGCUGCUGUUGGAAUAAAUAACUCCUCUCAUCAGAGAGUCACCCAGAAACAGCUCACAUGAAGGAGCAGGAAUGUGGACAUCUCACCACCUCCUCUUCCUCCUCCUCCUCUUCUUCCUCCUUCUCCGCCUCCUUUUCCUCAUCCCCUCUCUCCUCCUCCUCCUCUAACAGCAGGUACAAGAAUCAAGGAAGCAGCCACUUCUCGGGACGUUUGACUGGGUUCACUGAGGUCUUUGAUGAGGGUAAUUACAUGGGUAAUAACAUGGGUAAUUACAUGGGUAUUACGCCUUCAGUCGAACAUGGCGGAGGCGGAGCUCUGCGGCUGCGCCCUGAUGUUCUAACGGAACAACCAAUUAGCUUUCACUUCUUAUCAAGUUAAGUUCUUUGGUUACAGUACGAACGACUGAAGUCCACGAAGGCUGUGGCUGUAAAGUCUGGAAGGUGGACAUUUUGAUUCAGACUCAGAGACUCUGUUUCUGGUGGUAUUUCCUUUCCGUUUUGUUUGAAUUCAUUAACGUUUCCGGUCCUGACAGCGGAGCUCUGCAGCGGAAGCGCUCCCACAGGAGCCCUGCAGACAGACCGUCCUGCAGAUGUUUGCAGCUGUUCAGCUUUUUAAACUCCCAACUGUCAACUGAGGAAACCUUCAAGGAACCUUCUGAAAAUGGAUUUUUUUAAUCUACUGAAAAUGCUCCAUUUCUACACAGAUUCAUUCACCAAACGGUUCGAUGAGAAGGAGCCGAGGAUGAGACAGACCGUGGACGCGCUUCUCAAGAUCGCUGCUGAAGUUAAACGGAUACAGAAGGAAUCAGAACCAGGCACCAUCGCACUCAACUUCAUGGUCGCGGCUCUCGUAGGUGUCACUCUGUUUUAUAAAGGCUUGACACCAGCAGCAGCAGUUACCGUCGCUCUAGCGGUCCUUCUUCCUCGUUUCAUUAAACAACUAAAACACAGAGUGAGAGGAAACCCAAAGGAAUUGAGAGAACUGAUGGAAGAAUCCAGAACAAAUGUUGACUUACUGAAGAAAGAUCUGGAAAAAAUAAAAAUGCUUUGUGAGGAAAUGCGGAGAGAGUCGGUCGGAGCUGAAACAGGAAACGUCAUCCGGCUGGAGAUGUGCGUUCUGGAGGUGUUCCUCACUGCUGAAGAGCUCUCCAGAGUCUCUCACAAUGAUCAGCGUGUUACAGAUGCAGCUGAUCAGUGUCAGAAAGUUUUCACUGGGCUUGAAAAGGUCUGCUGUACUUCUGAUAUCCUGGAGAGGGAUCAAUCUUCUAUUUCUAACAUGUUUUCUCUGUUAAAUGAGUUUUUUUUCUUAUCUGAAUCAUUGAUCUAAGGACAGAGGAUGUUGUGUUAACCUCAGGGUUCAUUUGUGAUUUGUGAUAUUUGGGCUUUAUGAAUAAAAUUCACUUGAUUUACAA